AAACACUUCUGUGAUUUCGAUUUUUGGGACAACUCGGUCAUAACCUAGGCAAUAUGGCUGCGCCCAGAGAAAUAUUGUCCUUGUAUCGGACUUUGUUACGGGAGUUGCGUUUGGUACACCCCGAGGGACAGCACAAAACUUCUCCUGCAUACAGAUAUUUAAAGGGAAAAUUUCGGGAGAAUAUGAAAACUUCAGAGCAGCUUUGUCGCAGUCAUAUAGAGAUGGCUCAUUACGCUCGCACCUACGUCUGUCUCUUACAGAGUGUGCAGAAACAUAACGAACUUCACGCCAUGUUCAAGGGCGGUGGUGAACGCAGUACCGAGUCUACAGCCAAUCUCGUUGGUCUGGCGCUGCCAAAGAGGGAGACCUGACCUUGACCUUGGCUGGGAAUAGAACUUGAGCUUUAAGAAAGACGUUGAGCGUUAUUGGAGAAUCAAACUGAAGCUUAAAAGUCUGGGAAAUGAACUUAAGCUUACAUGUCUGUGAAAUGAACUUAAGCUUACAUGUCUGUGAAAUGAUUAUAAGCUUACAAGUCUGGGAAAUGAUUUUUAGCGUACAUAAGAUUCUGGGAAAUGAACUUUUGUGUACAACAAGUUUUGGAAAUUAACUUUAACUUUCAAAUCUGGGAAAUGAACUUAAGCUAUAACAAAAGGUUGGCCUUGUCUAGGAAAUAAACUUAAUGAAACUCUAGUAUCUGUCUUUGUUGUAGGAUAGAAUCAGAGCUUUUAAUUAUGAUAAUCUUAUAAGAAAUGUAUUUCUAAUUAAUUAUCCAAUCUUGUUUUUACAAACUCCACUAUUGUACAUGUCAUCUGGUCUGGUCCAUAGGUAGUUAUUUUUAUAAAUGCUGAUACUAACGUUAUUACAGAAUAGAAAUACAAUUGUUA